AUGACCGAACGACGCCCCUCAGGGCUGGAAAGGAGUCCGACUGCGCCGUCGAUUCUCUCAAAUGGCCACUUUGCUUCCGUUGGGGCCGAGGGCGAUGCUGCCUCCUACGAACAUGGUGUGCAGGUGAUCGAUGGGGAUAAGGAGUUCAAUCCUAAUCUAUCCAAGUACCUGUCCCUCGAGAAUGUCACGCCGGCGGGAUUCAACUACCAUCUCAUCUCUGUCUUCGGUUCGCAAUCCACCGGAAAGUCGACACUGCUCAACAACCUCUUCGGCACGGAUUUCACGGUCAUGUCUGAUCGGGAAAGAAGACAAACGACCAAGGGUAUUUGGCUAUCGAAGAAUAAGAAGCAGGGCGAAGUUGGCGCAGCGGAGCGCAUGGCGGAUAACAUCCUGGUCAUGGACGUUGAGGGCACUGACGGUCGUGAGAGAGGUGAGGAUCAGGACUUUGAGCGCAAAAGUGCUCUCUUUGCCCUUGCGACGAGUGAGGUCCUUAUCGUGAACAUCUGGGAGCACCAGGUGGGGUUGUACCAGGGAGCCAACAUGGGGCUGCUGAAGACCGUCUUUGAGGUCAACCUGCAACUGUUCUUGAAGGAUAAGCACACUUCCCACCGUUCCCUGCUCUUCUUCGUCAUUCGUGAUUUCAUCGGCACAACACCACUUCAGAACCUGCAAAAGACAUUACUGGAAGACCUGGGCCGCCUUUGGGAUACUAUAUCGAAGCCUGCUGGCUUUGAAAAAGCGUCGAUUCACGACUAUUUCGAUUUCCAAUUCUAUGGCCUUCCCCACAAGGGCUACCAACCCGACCAGUUUGUGGCCGAGACCAAUAAACUUGGCAUGCGGUUCCGUGAUGGACACCGUGACCCCAAGAGAGAUGCGCUCAAGGGCGAGUUCUCGGAGGGUGGUGUCUUCUUGCCCGAAUAUCACCGCCGUAUUCCAGCUGAUGGAUUUUCUCACUACGCCGAGAGUAUUUGGGACCAAAUUGUCAACAACAAGGACUUGGACUUGCCCACGCAACAGGAGUUGCUUGCGCAAUUCCGUUGCGAUGAGAUUCUGCGCGAAGUGAUGGUUGGCUUCGAUGAGGUCAUUGUGGCUUUCGAAGACAAGCAAACUGAGGCGGUGCGUCUAGGCGCACCUGAAGUUCUUGGCGGCCUUGGUGUUGCUAUGCGUGGCGCGCGCUCUAAGUGCCUGAAGAGCUUCGAGACGGAAGCCAGCAGAUACCACAAGGGUGUGUAUCAGCGCAAGACCGCCGAGCUCCAGGGCAAGGUCGAUACUCGCCUCAAGGCUCUCUUCUUGGGUCAGCUUUCUGCUGCUCACAAGUCCGGAGUUCGUGAUUUCAGUGAUGCCGUUUCGGCUGCUGUGAAGGACGGUCAGAAGAAGGGUGGUAGCUACGAUUUCGCCGAGAUUGUCACAUCGCAAGCUCAGGCUGCGACCGAGAAGUUCGAGCAAGUUGCACGCUCCACAGUAGUGGAUGGUGCUUCUUGGAGUAACUAUAAGCAAGAGCUAUCGUUGUACCAAAAAGAAUUGGCCGAAGUCAGUGCCCGACUGCGUCGCGAUGAAAUGAGACGUUUAGCCACCCGUGUUGAGCGAUGGGUGCAAUCUCGCCUGGGUGAAUCAGUUGGCAUUGAAUUUAAUGCGCUCGGCUCUGGGAGAGCUGGCGCUGGUGCCCCCGAGAAUGGAGAUAAGCCCGCGGAGAAAGACUUCUGGGACCGAAUCUGGAACCUGUUCGAAGACACCGUGCUGGAUGCCGAACGUAGGUUCACAGACCGCGCGAGCAGCUUCGACGCCAGCCUUGAUGAGGUUGAUGUUGGACUGUGGCGUCUGCGUCGCAAGUCAUGGGGCGUCCUCCGUGCCAAGAUCGACGAGGAAAUGAUCGAGGGUAAUCUGCUUCUCAAAUUGCGGGAGAACUUUGAGGACAAGUUCCGUUACGAUGAUGACGGUGUGCCACGCAUCUGGCGCCCAACGGACGAUAUCGAGGGCAUUUACACCAAAGCGCGUGAAUCUACUUUGACUGUCAUUCCUCUUCUUUCUCGGUUCCGCCUUGAAAAGACCACUGCACCACCCCCGCUGGAUCGCUGGGUUGGACACACUCCAAGCACCGCGACAUCUGCCGAUGAGGAAGAUUUGGUGCCCAUCGGCGGCGUGGAUGAAGAUGAAGGCAAGAGCCUUGAGGAGGAGAUGACGAUCCUCAGCGAUUCCAAGCGCCAGGAGCUCACUGUGCGGUUCAAGAAGGCUGCUGACGGCGUCUAUGUCGAAGCCAAGCGAAGCGCCAUUGGUGGUAUUACUCAGGUGCCAUUGUAUUUCUAUGGUCUACUGCUGGCUCUUGGCUGGAAUGAGAUCUGGGCUGUCCUUCGCAACCCAGCCUACUUCUUCCUGCUCUUUGUGCUCGCCAUCGGAGCGUACAUAACUUACACCCUCAAUCUAUGGGGCCCGAUGUUGAAGAUGACCGAGGCUGCAUCUUCCCAGGCGCUGAUCGAAGGCAAGCGUCGCUUGCGUGAGUUCCUUGAAUCUUCCGACACCGGCCGCCAGGCAAUUGCUAUGUCUGCCGGCGAGGGAGCUGGCUCUCGCCGCAAGGAAGAGUAUGAGAUGUCGGAUAUGCAGAAGGGUGGCUCGAAGGCCAAGGAUGACUUGGACGACAUGUAA